AUGGCUUUCAUUGAGAAGGUCUUGGUUGUGGUGACGUUCGUCUUCAGCCUCUUUUUGAAUGUGCUGGCAGCACGUGGGUUCCUCUCUGCCCAGUCCAUCGGCACAGUCUCCAGCCAGUAUCCCACGUAUCUCACGCCGGACAUGUUGACUUUCUUGGUUUGGGCUGUCACCUACACCCUGGAGGGCAUACUGGUGGUCAUGCAGUGUUCCACAUCUGAGAGUGCAGAGAAGGCCUUGCAGCAGCGAUGCUGCCUGACAAGCCUUUCGGUUCGGUGGCGCUUGGUCAUCGCCUUCCUUCUCAAUGCACUCUGGCUGCCCCUCUAUGCCAACAUGCUCUUUGGGAAGUCUAUGCUGGUCAUCCUCGUGUACUUGGUAUUCCUUCUCUUGAUCUAUGUCGACAUCAACACCAUGACAACUUGCUCAUUGUGGCAGUGGGUGGUGUACGGUUCGGGCGUAGCCUGCAACAUCAGCUGGGUGCUUGUUGCAACGGCCGCCAACAAGUUCACUCUGGCCGCCUCCUAUGGCUGGAUGGACGCCUAUGGAGUCGCAGGCACUCCCCACACUGCAGUUCUUGUGAUUGCAAUCCUUGCGGCUGUGUCCCUGCUGGUGGCGACCGUGCGCAGCGACUUUGCCUGGUCGCUUGUCGCCGUGUGGUUCUUUGGCGGGCUGUACCGGCAGCAUACCGUCUCAGAUGGCAGCUUUCCUCCUGAGGCCAUGAACAGGAUGCUGUCUCUGUGUGCGUUGUGGGCAUCCGUUGUGGUCGGGAUGGCAACGGCGGUGGGCAUCUUCCUGAUUCGCGACAAUGGGGCCUUCAAGUCGAAGGACUCGAAGGACUCAGAGCUCCCAUUGGCCGCAGAGUGA